AUGGCCUUCAACCCACGAAUGUCCAUCCUGCCUCCGCAGCCGCAACAAUCGCGGCAGCGCAAAAAGGAAGAAGAAGCCGCCUACGCCAACAUGCGCCUGCCCGACCGCGAAAUCGUCGGCUGCAUCAACGAGCUCGGCAUCCCCUUCACGCUGGCCGACCUGCAGAAGCCCAACCCGAUCCAGGUGCAGAUGAUCUUCGAGUGGUUCGGCGAGCUGCUGAUGAACAAGACGCGCCAGACGGUCGACCCGGCGAUGCGCGCGGCCGCCGAGGACGUUUGCGGGCCCGAACUGGGCGAGGCCAUGAUGCCGUCCGACACGAGGAACCUCUUGGGGUUUUACGUGUCGCUACGCAGGCUGAUGCUGGAUUGCGGGGUGAAUGAUUUCAGCUUCAAUGACCUCUACAAACCGACGCAUGACCGGCUGGUCAGGAUGCUGAGUUAUGUCAUCAACUUUGUCAGGUUCCGCGAGAGCCAGACGAGCGUGAUUGAUCAGCAUUGCAACAAGGCCGAGCAGACCAAGGCGCGCAUCGAGCAGCUGUAUGUGGAGAACCAGAAUAUGGAGGCGCAGUUGGAGGAGAUGAGACACAAUCGCAGGGCGAUGGAGGUGCUGGUUCAGGAGAAGACGGUGCGCAAUGAGGAGCUCAAGAAGCGGCUGCUGGAGCUAAGGCGAAGCCAGGAGAAGGUGGCUGCGAGGUUGGAGGAGGCCAAGACCAAGAAGGGAGAGCUGGCGGCGGAGCUGGAGGAGAAGACGGCUACCAAGAUUGCGCUCAAGCAGGAGAGUGCGAAACUCCGGCCUUAUGUGCUACAGAGCCCGUCGGCGUUGCAGGCUAGUCUGGCGGAGCUGAGCAACACGUUGAACAAUGACAAGGCACACAUCGAUGCGCUGGAUAGGCGGUCAAGAGCUCUCCAGACGUCAACGGACUCGUUCAGCGUGGUGGCCUCGGACGUGGCCUCGUGCAUCAAGCUGUUGGAGGAGAUCGCCAUCGAGCUAGCUAAGGAAGAGGAGGAGAACGUUAAGAACGCACGGCAAAGGGACGCGCUUACGGAUCGGGGACAAAAUGUCAGGGAGGUAGAGCGGCAGGAGGCGCUGCUCAAGAGGCAAUUGGCCAAGUGGGUUGAUCGCACGGCGCACUUGCGGACGCAGAGCCAGGAGAAGGCGCAAAGGGCUAAGGAGAAGAUGGAGGAGUUGAGGGCGGUGCAUAGGAAGUUGACGGAGGAGAGGUCGGAGAAGGGCAAGGAUAUCGAGAGGAGGAGGGUGAGGAUUGAACAGACGGAGAAGAAGAUGCUCGACUUGAAAGAGAAUAUCGAGAACGAAGUCCAUGCCGCCCACGACGAGUACCUCAAGAUGGAGGCACACAUUAAGUUGUACAUUACCGAGAUGGAGCAGGCCAUCUGA